UUAACAUUGACAGUUGACAUUUGUACAUUGGUCGAUGACCUUGACUUGACACAAUGUCAUAUCCAAUAUGGCGACGAGCAGGUUUUUAUGUUUUAUUAUGGAAUAUUAUGUUAUUAAUUAACUAUUAAAAUUAUUAAUUAUUCAUAUAUUUAUAUAAUACAAUAUAAUUUUAUAAUUAUAUAUUUUAUAUGGAACAGAGUAUACUACAAAAGAGUUGUUCCGCCAUAUUGGAUAGUGCGUUUUUGUCAAUGGAAUCGAGCCCAUACCCAUCUACUUAACCGUAUGUCAUAUCCCCUCUCCCCCAUAUCACUGUAGAUGACAAAUAAUGGCAAUGGCAAGAAAACUUGUAUGUUGUAAGGUUAAUAGAAAUCUAUUUAUUGAAAUAAAAAGCAUAACAAAUAAUACCUUGAAUUAUCAGAAAUUAUCCAAAAAAUUGUUCAAUCCGAAAAUUAUCCGAUGGUCCAUGAAAUUAUCCGAAAAUCGGAUAACUAUCCGGACAUUGGCAACACUGGUGAGUCUGCUGUACGCUGUAGACUAGCAACAUUGUGUAGGAUCACUGUCUUGGAUUUCAUAUAAACAAUGAACACUGUAUGGUACUUGGACUACAUGUUUUAUUGCCAUUGAACAUUUUGUAUGUUUCCAAUAUAUUUCUUCCAUAAUAUGUCAGCUAUGGAAUUCAAAGAUGAAAUUAAAGAAGAGUUUUUUGAAUAUGACCAAAAAGAUAUAGAGAGUCAGCUAUCCACGUCCAUAGAUUUGGAACACUUCAAAAAUGAAUCAGAAGACAACUCCGCAAUGGAAGUAAAACCUGAAAUUAAGAGAGAAUUUGCUGAAAAUGACCAAGGAUAUAUAGAGAAUCAGUUAUGUACAUCCGUAGAACUGGAACACUUCAAAAAUGAACCAGAAGAUAACUCGGAAAUGGAACUAAAAGCUAGAGUGAAGGAAGAGUGUGUUGAAGGUAGUCAAGGAUAUAUAGAGAGCCAGCUGUCUACAACCCCAGAUCUUGAAGACUCAAUUAAUAAACCAAAUGAAGAUAAUUCAGGGUUUUCUCCGAACGGAAGGGAAAUCAUGAAAACUGAACUUGCAUACACUACAGAACAACAAAUGAGUGAAAACACUGAAGAAACAACAUCAAAAAAUUCUAUUUGUAAAUGUGAAAUUUGUUUCAAGCAAUUUAACCAUACACGUUAUUUGAAACGACAUAUCAAAUUGCACACUGGGGAAAAACCUUACAAGUGUGAAAUUUGUUUUAAGAAGUUUGCUCGAAAAAGUUAUUUACCAGUCCAUAUGAUCUCGCAUACUGGAGAAAAAUCUCACAAGUGUGAAAUUUGUUUUAAACAGUGUAUUACCACAAGUGAUUUGACAAAACAUUUGAGAACACAUACUGGAGAAAAACCUUACAAGUGUGAUAUUUGUUUAAAACAGUUUAGUGAAACAAGAUCUUUGAAAAACCAUUUGAGAGUGCACACUGGGGAAAAACCUUACAAGUGUGGAAUUUGUUUAAAACAGUUUAGUCAAACAGGUACUUUGAAAAAUCAUUUGACAGUGCAUACUGAUGAAAAAUCUUACAAGUGUGAAAUUUGUUAUAAGCAGUUUUCUCUAAAAUCUCAUCUGAAAACACAUUUGAGAUUGCACACUGGGGAAACGCCUUACAAGUGUGAAAUUUGUUUUAAGCAGUUUUUUCAGAAUGUUCAUUUGAAAAAACAUCUGAGAAAUGCACACUGAAGAGAAACCGUACAAGUGAAGACCUGAAAUGCUACGAGCCCCUUCCCAUUUCAGUUGGCCCACCUUUGGAAUUUGCAGUUUAUGGCAAUUACCAAAAACAAAUAAUAAUCUACAUAUUUUUAUAAGUUCCCGUAUUAAUUUAUUAUUAUUGCCUUUUUUAUUAAUAUUUAUUUAAAACAUUACCCUUGUGAUCUUUUUAUUUAUUUCAAAAAAUAAUAAUAAAAAAUCGCUAAAUCGUGGCCUUUGCAUCACUUACAUAUAAAUAAAUUUUUAUAAACAUACAUUCAUUUUUUCCAUAAUUAUCUUAAAAUCAGAGCUAGCUGUGGAAAAUUAUAUCAAAACAAUUGUCAAUUAAUGUCAAAUAGAUUUUGUAAUAUUAUAAAACCUACUACCGUUUGUCGAGAUAAAAUUAUCAAUGGGAAUGGUUGGAGAUAAAGUGAUGGAUAUAAAAACAUUUUUGUUCAAUCAUUAAUAAAUUUUUGAAUUCUGGAAAAUCUAAUUCGGAAAUCGCGAAUAUGCUUCAAUUGUCACAGUAUAGGGUAAGAAAUAUAGUUAGGAGAUACAAAACCUCAGGUUUUGGUAUUACCAAACCUAUAAAUGCAAGAAAAAGUAAAAUAAACGAAGCAGAUCGAAGGGAAUUAAGAAGCAUUAUAGCGAAAAACGACGUGCAACUUAGCUAGAUUUAAGUGUUUUGUGGAUUAACUUCUUUGGAAGACACGUUUCUAGAUCAACAUAUCACCGAGAGGUCCACAAAUUAAGAUUUGCUUACUUACAAAUUAAUUGAUAAAGGUGAAAAACUCAAUAUAAAUUAUUUUUGAAAAUUUUCAUUUUAGUAUCCGAGACUAAUACAGUCUUAACAUUACAACACAAGAAAAAUAGAUUAAAAUGGUCAAAAGAGCAUUGGGGCUAGACAAAUUGACUAAGGGAUGCAAUACAAUGGAGUGAUGAAUCCAGAUUUGAAGUGUGUGUUGGAGUCGAAUUGGAGACAGUAGAAGUCGAGUUAUUCACAGGAAAAAUAAAGAUUUUCAACCUGACUGUCUUAACAGAAAAGUGAAAUUUCCUACGUUUAUCGUGGUCUGGGGCAGCAUGUUGGCGAAAGGUGUGGAAAAGUUGCAUUUUAUCGAUAGAAUUUUAAAUGCGGGCAAAUAAUAUUUGAAGGUUUUAAAUAAUCUCUUACCGAUUUUGGAACAAAGUCAUUUAAACAAGUUAAAAUCAACGAAACAUGUCUUCCAAUGGGAUGGCGAAGGUUGCCAUAAGCCAAAAGAGUUUAAACUGGAUUGGAGACCAUGAUAUUCUACUUCUGGAAUACGUUUAUAAGCGUCCCGAAUUGUCCCUGAGAGAAACUUUCACGCCUCUUUAUGGCGCGAAACAAAAAAAAAAACAUUGGGGAAACAUCCUGCUAGGUCCGUCAAAGAAUUGAAGCAAAACUUGCAAAAAAUAUGGGAUUCAUUUACACCAGAGUGUUGCCAGAAUUAAAAAUAAAAGGGAUGUCACUCAGAUGUAAACUUUCACAUUUGUUUCGAUAAAACUAGAUAUGGUUUACGUUGUUUUUUAAUUUGUUGUUAUUCUGUUCAAUUAAUCGUUUUUAUUAAUUUAAAACAUAUUUUGUAUACUUCUGGAAAUCCACAAAUUAUCGGUAAAUUAAAACUUUCAAAGUUUAGGUAUGCUUGACUUUGGUUUUUGUUCUAUAAAAUUGGAUUUUUUUUCAAUCUGCAUUGGGCCAACUGAUAUGGGAAGGGGCUCGUAAUUAAUCUAAGUGCCAAAAAGAAAAUUUUUGGCAAAUGAACAAAAAUACGACAGUUUACAUAAAAUUCCCUAGAGUUUUGCAAAAGAUGUUUUAAAAUAUUACACUAUUAAACUGCAAAGGCUUACCUAUAUCAUGUUUCAAUAAUCUUUAACAAUAUUAUGAAGUUUAUUACUAUUUUAUGAACAGAUCUAAGUCCACCGAUACAGUCACUUCUAACAGAUCUAACACCUUCACCCGUACCUUCACACAGUUGUCGCUAGAACUCACUGUUAGGUUUAUCAAUAAACUCUAGCAUGUUCUGGAGAUCCUUUUUCUUUUUAUCGGCCAAUGGAAGCUUCCCUGGUAAGGUGUUGAGCUUUACGGAGGCUAUGUCCGUAAUAGAAAUAUUUUUUUAGAACAUAUAAUUUCUCCCACUCAAAUAAUUCAUUAAAAUUUUGCUUGCAUGCCACAAAUCCAGGGUUGUUUUUAUCAAUAUUUAGGCAUGGCUAGAGACUUAAUAGAUUUUGCUGUUAACCACAAUAAAAUAUCAAAAAUAGAAUACCUCGGUCAGAUCAUGAGGAAGAGAGACAUAUGUACUGCUGCAACUAGUUUGACAAAGAAAAGUAGAAGGAAAACGAGAACCUCUAGCGAAGAUUUCCUGGCAGAAAAAUCGAUGUACAUGAAUGUUGAGAAAUUCGUAUAUUUUUUGUGUUUAUGUACUUUGAUCCAGCUUCCUCAAAGUCAAAAAACUUGUCCAUGCUGAGAACUUGAAAGGAAAUUGAAGUUUGUGGAUUGUUCAAAUUACAUUUUGGACAUCUUGAACAGUCUGCGAUUUUGACACUUUUGCUUUCUUUUCUAUUAUCCGCAGCAAAGAAACUGAGCCCUGCGACUGGUUGUAAGGGUAAUCGUUUUUUGGCUUUGAUUGACAAAAUACUAGCUCUUACUUUGGUUUUCAUAUGUAGGUAAUCAGGUAAUCACAUUUUUUGCAUUUAUCUACUAUUGAUCUUCUGAAGGAUAAUUUAGGAAAGUCUUUAAGAAAAACUUUACCUUAAAACUUUUAACUGACGAUACUAUUAUGAUGUUUAUCUUUACAUGAUGUAAACACUCAGCUCAUAUUUAAAUCUGAGCUUAAAUACUCCUUUUCUGAUUUAGAGAUGCUCUAUUGAGCUAAUGCUAUUGAGCUAAUACAGUGCAGUCUGUUGGAAUUUUUUGUAGCAGUUUUGAGAGUGUUUGGCGCAUACAUCUUAGCAGUGCAUUGGUAUAGGGACAUAGAUCACUUACACUUAGCAACAAUAAAAGGAUAUUUGUAAAAAGUGGCACUUAGAUCUAUUAGCAUUUCAGAGGUAUUCAAGUGAGAAAUCUGGUUUAAGCAGUUUGCUCGAAAAAAUCAUUUACCAGUCCCUAUGAGAUCGCAUACUGCACUGGAGAAAAAUCUCACAAGUGUCAAAUUUGUUUUAAGCAGUCUACUACUACAAGUGAUUUGACAAAACAUUUGAGAAUACAUACUGGAGUAUAUAGAACACAUACCUUAUAAGUGUGGAAUUUGUUUAAAACAUGUGGUAUUAUUGUCUGAAAUAAUACACUGGAUGUUUUUAUAACUUGUUUAUUAAGUUAACGAAACAUAACCUCCCUGUGCCUCGUGCCUCUCGCCGACAACCUCUACCUCAAGAGAACAGCUAUUAUUCCUCUGCUAUACUGGUUGCAUAUCUUUUACGCCUAAUAGCACAAAACAGUUUAGUGAAGCAAGAUCUUUGAAAAAUCAGUUGAGAGUGCACACUGGGGAAAAAUCUUAAAGCAGCUUACAUCAAGGCUAUGCAAGUCCGUCUUGCAUGGCAUAUCUCUUGCCUAGCCUGACCUUUUUACAUCAGAUCUAUUUCUGUGCAAUUUUUGAUACAACUUUUAUUGUUGCCAACAAAAGAAUAUACCAAAACAUUAACUUUAGAUAUUUCACUUGGAAAUUUGAGUCCAACAUUUUAUUAUAUUCAAGUAUAAAUCACAUUUCUUCCAAAUGACAGUUCUUUCAAAUCAAAUUACUUCCAAGAAAUAACAUUUAAAUUUACACAAUAAGGUUAAGUUUUAUUCUAACCUAUAAAUUUUGUUAUAUUGGCAACAUAGAGGUAUAUAUUAACAUAGAGUGAGCCUACUUUCCGCGCUUCCUGACGACAAGAUCUCAUGGACUGGUUUGUGGCAUCUCUUUCUAACACAUUGUAUCGAGAAUCUGUGAUGACAUUCAGUGUGAGUAUAGGCACGGAAGGGGAGGACAACUGUAGCAGCUUUACUAUGCGUAAGAGUGAAACAGCACUAAUCCAAAUAAAAAAGAUGGUGUCGUCACUUCGUUCUGAAUGACACUCUUGGAUGCCUCAGAAUCAGAAGUCAAACGGUGUAAGUCAAUUCUCCCUAAAAAUGACUUAUUGAAGUUUAACACACAUUAUUAUAUAUAAUAAUAUUAUUACUUCCUUGUUUGUAUUUAUGAAUAUGUUACCCAUAUUAUGAUAAAUAAAGACGAUUUAUUUGUUUUUAAUAAUUACUUAUAUUUCUGCAACUGCAUUCAGAAACAUUUUGUAUCUCAUUUCAAACACUUAUUGACUUACACCGAUUGGCUUCUGAGGCAUCGCUAUGAUUGGCAACAUGAAAUUUGACAACCUGCAUCAAAAUAGCAUGAAAAAUUAGAACAUGUUUUAAUUUUUCGUCUAGCACAGGAAUUACAUGAAAAUAGCGCGUGGGCAUGCGCAGUUUCAUAAUCUUUCUUGCAUGGCUCUUUCCUAGCAUGAAAAUAGUAUAAUGUAAAACUGUCUUUACAGGCGCGAAAUUUGUUUAAAACAGUUUAGUGAAAAUCUUUGAAAAAUCAUUUGAGAGUACACACUGUAGAAAAAUCGAAAUUUGUUUUAAGCAGUUUUCUCUGAAAUCUACAUUCAAUUACCCAUAACUCACUUUGAAAUAACAGUUUAGUUCUUUAAGUGGGAGUGUAUUAAAUUUUUUAUUAUCUUUAAUUUUGGCAAUAAUAGCUUUUUUACAAAAACUUAUAGUUUUUGAGUAAUACGUGAGAAAAUCUUUGAUAUUUAAUAACUCAAAAAGUAUUGAUUUAUGUUAAUAACUUUAUAUAACAAAUUUUGCGUAGAAGUGGCCCCUCUAUCGAUUUCUGGAAUUAUUUUUAACAAAAAAGUUUCACCCCCGAGAAGGGGUGGCAUCCACCCCCAGGGUAAAAGCGUAAGUUAGCAUCAUGUCACCUUUGUUACUUGAAGUAUCUUCUAACUACUCACCAAUUUUCAUGAAAAUCCGGAUGAAGGUUCAACGAAAUCGGAGGUGAAAACUUUCAGUGACUCCACUAAAUAGUUGGCUCCCCCUUUCGUCCCGUUGAGGAUCCAACACGACAACUCGAUACGGCUCCUCCAACUCGACAAGAGAAAAAGAGACCGAAUUAUGUUUCUUAGUCAGUUCAGUAAGUUUUCUCAGUUAGUUACCCGUCAGUCUCCGAGUUGAUAAAGUGCGUUUUAGCACAACCCAAAAUGUAGUCUUCUGAAUGACCAUAUAUUCUUAAUUCACGGUCCACAUUUCUCAUUAUUAUUACACGGUUAUUCAUGCGAAUUAUUCAUCUCUCUUUUAUUAUCACUUAUACUCUCACUCUCUCUCAUAAUCACCUUUCACUUUACUCACAAUUCGUAGUACGUAGCAGAAUAUAUGUAUGUUUUGUAUUAAACUCAGUAAUAGUUAUUAUUCUACAGUGAUUGUAAAUAGUGUUUGUGUUACAAAAUAAAAUAAUUACCCCACCGUUUUAUUAUUCAUU